AUGUCUGUUAAUGUCCGUGUGGUGAAACGAUCAACGGAGGAAACGAAGAAAAAAGAACCUGAGGUGAAACUAACAGAAAAGUCAACUAAACUGUUGGAGAGCAUCGAAAAAAUGGAUGUCGCCGAGAAACUAUUCAAUCUCGAAGACAAAAUUGCGAUUGAAAUGACUCAUGAUGCCAUUUUCGAAGAGUUCAAUGAGGACUACAAGUUUCUCAGAGCAGCAUUAGAAGAGUAUAUGGAAGGAAAACCGACCACCACAGCUUCACUUGCAAAAGUAGCCCGUCUGAGGCGGAAUACUCGUUUAUGUCAUUACGCAACCGCUCAAAUGAGAAAAGAAGUAGCAGAACGGAUGGAUCUCGUAGAUGCCAAGCUUCUUCAGUUACAAAAUGUUACAAGCGAAGUACAGCAUAUUCAAAAAGAAAUCGAUCGUUGUUUGGACUUUAGCGCCGGCGAUGAAGGACUUGAACUUAUUCCAGUUGAAGAAUUUUACGCAGAAGCUCCAGUGACACUAUCUAAACCAGAUGAAACUACAGGCAAUGAACACGAACAGUACUUAGUCAGACUGCAGUACGAGGAUGAUCAAAGACGAGAAUUACUAUCUACGCUUAAUGAACUCGAAGGGCGUAGAAAUGUACUACAAAGUGAUAUUCGUGGCAAAGAAGUUCGUCUUCAAGGAUUAAAACCAAAACUCGAGGAUCUUGCUAAAGUGGCAGAACCAGUGUUCGACAUAGUAGGUGCGAAGUUCAAGGAUCUCAAAUUAGAUGGAGAACAACGAAAAUUAUCACUGGCAUUGCCAGCUCCUCUCGCGGUUGCUCAUAUUCACGCAACAGCGUACAAGGAGAUACACGAUGAUAAGAUGUUUGAGUUCCGUAUUGUCGGCAGCAAUGACACUGUUAAACAUCCCAAGGAUGAAGCAGAAACGAAACGUCGAAGAAAAGAAGACGAAUCAACUCAGGAAAAGAUUAACGAAACGGCCACAAAAAUAUUAGAUGUUCAUCCUAUGAGUCUUGAAUUCGAUAUUGAAUGUGCUAAUGAAAUAAAAAUCACGAUGACAAUCCAAUAUCUGACAGAGCUGAAGGUUACAACAGCGAAAUGGAUGGUUCACGGAGAUUCCAAAGCUAGGAAAUCAGUUCUUUUCUGCGCUGAUUCGUUAAUGUCUGACUUAUUCGAGAAUGACUCCGGAGAUAAAUGCCCUAACAAAGUUGGAAGUUUGAAGAUUGAGCAUCUGAAACUCAAUUUCAAUUCAAACGCAAAAAGCACAGGAAAACCGUAUUUAUUCAUACAAGAAUUGAGUGGCUCUGACCAGCAAAUCGAGGGAGUCGCUGUCACGGAGCAUCUGCGUAAAAUAGUAAAAGCAAUUCGACAGAGAGUAGCAGACCGAUGUGCAUUGGACAGUAUCAUUCGGGAUUUGGAAUCGAAGAAAACAGAGGGACUCGAAGUUGCAACGGAUGUGAAGAUUUGUUCUUUCAAGAAUUGUGAAGAUGAAGCAUUUAUUGCAUCGAUUCCUACAUCUCUGCGUGAUCAAAUAUCUGGAGGGACAUCAUCAGAUCGUUUUUCUUUCAAAUUAGAAGCUACGAAUGGUGAUAAUAAAAAACUCAUCGUAUUCUUGUCUAUCCCUUCAGAUUAUCCUCGUCACGCAGCUCUUUUCGGAAUAAAUGCACCGGAAGAUGCCAACUCGGAGAUAGUCAACGGAAUUGAAGAACGUUUGAACGACGAGUCGCUAUAUGUAGACAAUCCAAGCAGUCUCAAGGAGCAAUUGAGCCUUCUACUGAAACACUUUGAUCUUUCUUGA